AUGACGGAGAAGAAUGGGGCAGGAAACCGCGGCAAAGCAAGCGCGGGAUCUACAGAGACUAUACGCAAGGGAGUGCCUCACGUCCAGAACGGUGGCAUCGCUGAUGUCACUAGUUGGCAGGAAACUGAGAUAGGAAUACUAAGGUAA